GCUCGCUCACCUCUGAGAUGCGUUGACUACAAAACGUAAAUUUUGUCCCGAGAGGAAACACCUGCACAUGCGUGAGUAGUCUAUAUGCUUUAUUAUUUAUCAUUAAAAUAUUUAAUUAAGUCUGUAAGAGUAGUGAGUAUUGUAUAAACUGAAAAAAAAAAAAAAUAAACAGGAAAGUUGAGUUUUGUAGUUGAGGAGUGCAACCUAACUUGUAUAUAUUUUCUAGUCCUUCUAUAAUAUCAAUGUGUGUACUUAUUUCUUGAAGCAGUGAUUGAGAGUAAACAUUUUUCAUCUCUAAGGUGUUGUUGAUGCUGGGCGGGACUCACAAGGUGACACUCCUUCUGCUUUGACAUAACUCCCUGGAGCAAAGUGAAACACCUGCGGAGUAACACGAAGACCCGGCGGUGCUUUCACUGUCACAUCACUGAAGCUGUGGGAGCCUGUCAGCUCUGAGCUGACAGCGACUUGAUAACAAUGGGCUUCAAACGGCAUCUUGUUAACCAUCUUCUGACAUUUUCACUCCAAGACGGGGAUGUACAGAGUGUGGAGGAGGCGCAGGCACGUCUCUCUUUUUUGGCUGACAACAACAAACUUUGGAGUCAAAAAAUGUUUUUAGAUAUUGGCGGAGAAGCCGUUCACCUUCGAGAUGUAAAUACCCAGGAGGAGGUGGAGCAAUACACUCUCAAAAACAUCUACCGCUGUGACUCCAUUAAUAGUGAUAAACAUUUCCCCUCGAUGCUUUUAUUGGUGUGUCAAGUAACAGAUCAGACUAAGCCCGACAUCCUCUUCUUCAGCUGUGAAACUGUGAGGGCAGAGCAAGUCUGCGAGGACAUCACGCAUGCAGUUUCAUCCUCCUCCACUAGAGGCAGGAACACUCCCAACUCUGUGAGGGCUUCUCCGAGCGGAGAGAUGUUGGAUCCCCAAGACAUACCAACCCACCCGAUCGCCCACGCUCCAAACCCCCCACCGGUCAACCCGCCACCAUAUCCUGGACUCAGAGCAGCGAAUGGCGUAAACGGCGGCCCUGAUAUUUCUUUCCUGCGAGCGGAGAGAGAAGUGGGCAUCCUCAAUCACUGUUUUGAUGACAUUGAGGGUUUCAUGGGCAAGCUGCAGCAGACGGCGGAUGCUGCGCUGGUGCUAGCACAGAGGAAAAAGAAGAAGAAGAAAAGUAAAAAGCAAAGUGCUGAAGAUGAGGCGCUUGCUGCAAAGGCCCAACCUCCACCAGCCGAGGAAUUUGUCGAUAUCUUUCAGAAAUUCAAAUAUUGCUUCAGCCUCUUGGCUCGUCUAAAAUCAACCAUCGUCAAUCCUUCGUCAGAGGAGCUGGUGCACCAUGUGUUCAAACCUCUAGAUAUGAUGGUGAAAACAACCGGGGGGCCAGCUAUGGGAGCCUCGGUGUCCAGCCCUGCCAUGACCAACUCCGCCAUUUCCCUGCUGCAAGAAACUCUGAGUGAGGAGGAGAAGACGCUGUGGACGUCUCUGGGCCCCAAUUGGACGCAGCCGCGCUCUCAGCUCCGAGGACCUGUUGCUCCAUACGCCCCUGUGUUCUUGGAUGGGUGGAAGCCCGAAGCUGUGAGGGCGGACGGGCAGGUUUGGGAGGAUCCGGUUGAGUCACAACACAAGCAUGAGGCUCUCCUCGCAAAACAAGAGCAGCCGCCUCAGUCCAAGCGUGCUUCAGAAAGACACAACUACGACGACAUGGUUGCUCUUCCUCCGGACGCAGAGAGACUCUACAGCUGCAGUUAUGACUUCAUAGCCAGGAACAACAGUGAGCUUUCAGUGCAACAAGGAGAGACUCUUGAGGUGAUCGAAUCAUCCAAACGUUGGUGGAAAUGUCGCAACCGAUACAACCAGAUCGGAUUUGUCCCUUUUAACAUCCUAGAACCAGUGUCCCACAUAGAAAACCCCACCAACGGACCCCCCCCUGCUCCAGCUCUACCUCCUGCUACUGCCCCACCCAAAACUCUCCUCGGAGUCCAACCCAGCCCUCCUGCCCUGCCCAGGACGGCCUCCUCCUCCCCUCAGCGCCCUCGCGCCCUACCCUCCUACAGUCAAGCCGUGCAAGCAGGAGAUGAAACAGACAAAGUCAUGCUGGUGAACGACGAGCUGCUGCAGAGGCUGACCAACGGAAAAGCCAACCUGAACAAACCGCUGGUCAUCCCUCGUUCCUCAGAGACCACCGUUCCUCUGGAUUAUCAUUCCCCUUCAGAGGAAGUUGCCGAGUGGCUCAGAGGGAAGGGCUUCAGUGAGCCAACGGUGAAAUGUCUGGGCGUGCUGACAGGAGCUCAACUGUUCUCCCUCAACAAAGACGAGCUGCGGUCGGUCAUUCCAGAAGAGGGCACCAGAGUGUACAGCCAGCUCACCGUGCAGAAAGCACUGCUAGAGGAUGCAAGAAGGGCGACUGAGUUGGAAGCCGUAAUGGAGAAACAAAAAAUGAAGGUUGAUCUGAAGUUGGAGAGCAGCACUUUGUGAGCUGCAGAACAUCCACACCGCGGUUUUCUGACGCCGCCGCGUCAGUGGACUGUAGAUUUAUUCACUGUAUUUAUCACAGCUCAA